AUGCUCAUAGCUGUAGGAGGAGGCUCCCACUGUAAUGAUGUCCCUGUUGCAGCAUCAGUGAGGGGGUCCUUGUGUGCCAUCAGUGUGCCAUCAGUGCUCCUGAGCAGCUCACUCUGCGUACUGCCCAGGGACUGAUGGCAGCUUGUGUCAACAUCUGGCAUCCCUGCUGACAUAGCACCAGCCCUCUGGUUGCCAGUCCUCAGCUUCUGGGCUGCUAGCAGAAUUCGAGAUCUCCAGGAGCUGCAGUGAGGCAGCAGGGUCCAGAGUGAUGAGCUGUGCCCACUCCCGGGAUGCUCGGACUCAGCACAUGCUCUGUCAGCGCCCCGGGCAGGGUGGCUGAGCCGGCCGCAUCCCCCCACUACGCACUGGCCCUGCCUGAAGAGGAGAUGUGGCGUGAGCACCGACUGGCCCUGAUGCACAGCACCCAGUCCUGCAACCUGCUGGAGCCCCAGAGCCUGGCCGAGGUGCUGGUCUCACGUGCAGCCAGCUUCGAUGCCCUCUACCAACCCCGAGAUGCCAAUGGCGACAGCGGCAGCGCCUUGGACCUGGGGCUUGGCACCUAUGUCCCCAUCAGCCCCGAUGUCAUCAAGCGCCGUCGGGGAGGGCUGAUCGAGCAGAGGGACAUCAUCAAGGCACACGAGGCACACAAGAUGCAGAGCACGCCGCAGGCAAGGAGGAAGGAGUGGGAGAUGGCUCGCUUCGGGGAGGCGGUGGCUGGCAGGCUGGGCUCCGGGGAUGGGGGCUCCGAGCAGAACCGCAGCCGGCAAGGAGCUGCUGCUCCGGCAGGAGGGUCUCCGGGAGCUUUCAAGCAAACCAAAGCGCAGCGAGCCCGGACUAUGGCUCUGUACAACCCCAUCCCUGUCCGGCAGAACUGCUUCACCGUCAACAGAUCAUUGUUCCUCUUUGGGGAAGAUAACAUAGUCAGGAAAUACGCCAAGAAGCUCAUCGACUGGCCUCCCUUUGAGUAUAUGAUCCUGGCAACCAUCAUUGCCAACUGCAUCGUGCUGGCCCUGGAGCAGCACCUCCCAGAGGACGACAAGACACCCAUGUCACGGAGACUGGAGAAAACGGAGCCAUACUUCAUUGGGAUUUUCUGCUUUGAGGCUGGGAUUAAGAUCGUGGCUCUGGGCUUUGUUUUCCACAAGGGCUCAUACCUGCGCAAUGGCUGGAACGUCAUGGACUUCAUCGUGGUCCUCAGUGGCAUCCUUGCCACCGCUGGAACACACUUCAACACGCACGUGGACCUGCGCACCCUGCGGGCCGUGCGUGUGCUCAGGCCUCUGAAGCUCGUCUCGGGCAUUCCCAGCCUUCAGAUUGUGCUGAAAUCCAUCAUGAAGGCCAUGGUGCCUCUCCUCCAGAUCGGCUUGCUGCUCUUUUUUGCUAUUCUCAUGUUUGCCAUCAUUGGCCUGGAGUUUUACAGUGGGAAACUGCACCGAGCCUGCUACACAAACAAUUCAGGUGAGCUGGAGGAGCUGGACCCUCCCCACCCCUGUGGGGUGCAGGGUUGUCCGCCGGGCUAUGAGUGCCGAGAGUGGAUCGGUCCCAAUGAUGGGAUCACGCAGUUCGACAACAUCCUCUUCGCUGUGCUGACCGUCUUCCAGUGCAUCACCAUGGAAGGGUGGACCACAGUUCUGUACAAUACCAAUGAUGCCUUAGGAGCCACCUGGAACUGGCUAUACUUCAUCCCCCUCAUCAUCAUUGGAUCCUUCUUUGUCCUCAACCUUGUCCUGGGAGUGCUGUCAGGGGAGUUUGCCAAAGAACGUGAGCGCGUGGAGAACCGCCGGGCCUUCAUGAAGCUGCGGCGACAGCAGCAGAUCGAGCGGGAGCUCAACGGCUACCGGGCCUGGAUAGACAAAGCGGAGGAAGUCAUGCUGGCUGAAGAGAACAAAAACGCUGGGACCUCAGCCUUAGAAGUGCUCAGGCGAGCCACCAUCAAGAGGAACCGGACAGAUGCCAUGAACCGUGACUCCAGCGAUGAGCACUGCGUCGAUAUCUCCUCCGUGGGCGAGCGGAGGCUGGCACAGAGGAGGCCUCUUCAUCCCACCUUGGGUAACCCUCUGAGUCGCUCUGGUCUCAAAGGAGUGGAUGGAGCCUCUUAUUUACGGCACAAGGAGCGGCUCCUGCGUAUCUCCGUUCGCCACAUGGUGAAAUCCCAGGUCUUCUACUGGAUUGUCUUGAGCCUGGUGGCUCUUAACACUGCCUGUGUGGCCAUCGUCCAUCACAACCAGCCGGCCUGGCUCACACACUUCCUCUACUAUGCAGAGUUCCUGUUUCUUGGGCUCUUUCUCCUGGAGAUGUCCUUGAAGAUGUAUGGGAUGGGGCCGCGCCUGUACUUCCAUUCUUCAUUCAACUGCUUUGACUGUGGGGUCACAGUGGGAAGCAUCUUUGAAGUGGUUUGGGCCAUCUUCCGACCGGGGACCUCUUUUGGGAUCAGUGUCCUACGAGCCCUUCGUCUCCUGCGAAUAUUUAAAAUAACCAAGUACUGGGCAUCCUUGAGGAAUUUGGUGGUCUCACUGAUGAGCUCCAUGAAGUCUAUUAUCAGCCUGCUCUUCUUGCUCUUCCUCUUUAUUGUAGUCUUUGCCCUGCUGGGAAUGCAGCUGUUUGGAGGGGGGUUUAAUUUCAUCGAUGGGACACCAUCGGCCAACUUUGACACUUUCCCUGCGGCCAUCAUGACGGUGUUCCAGAUCUUGACGGGUGAGGAUUGGAACGAGGUGAUGUACAACGGCAUCCGCUCCCAGGGAGGCGUUCGCUCGGGCAUGUGGUCCUCCAUCUAUUUCAUCGUCCUCACCUUGUUUGGGAACUAUACUCUGCUGAAUGUCUUCUUGGCCAUUGCAGUGGACAACCUGGCUAAUGCUCAGGAGCUCACCAAGGAUGAGCAGGAGGAAGAGGAGGCCUUUAACCAGAAGCAUGCCCUUCAGAAAGCCAAGGAAGUCAGCCCCAUGUCUGCCCCCAAUAUGCCUGCUAUUGAAAGAGACAGGCGCAGGAGACACCACAUGUCGAUGUGGGAGCCACGCAGCAGCCACCUGCGGGAGCGGCGCCGGAGGCACCACAUGUCGGUGUGGGAGCAGCGCACCAGCCAGUUGCGCCGGCACAUGCAGAUGUCUAGCCAGGAGGGCAUCAAUAAGGAUGAGCCACCCCUCAUCAACCCACAUGCCAGCAUCUUCCGCCGCAAGAAACCAGGGGACGGCGUUGCCUUGGAGAAGUGCGAUGAGGAGCAAGGUGGCAAGGGAGAGCGGCCGCCAGCUGAAGGUCCCGAGCAGCCGGCCCCGGGAACCAACCCAGGAGGUGGGGAGGACAGGAGGAGCCCAUCGCCCCGUGCCAGGAGGGACAAGGAGAUGUGGCAACACAAAACGUGCCAUGGGAACUGCGAGCCGGGUGAGGAAGGGGCAGGAGGUGGCAUCGAGGAGAGGGCGCGGAUGAGGCAAAGCCAGCGGCGCAGCCGGCAUCGAAAAGCCAGGAUGGAGGGGAAGGAGCCGACUGGAGCCCUGGAGAGCCGAGCAGGUAGCCAGGAGAUGGGGCUGGAGGAGCCCAGCCCUGCAGAGGGGAUGCAGGAUGGGGAGCGGCGUGGGGAUGCUGCCGCAGCACUGGACCUGAUUCAGGGCGAGCCGGAUGCGAGUGGGGACCCCACCAGGACCAAUGGGGCUCCAAACGAGGAGGGAAGCCUCCCAGCAUCAGCCCCUGAGCCCCCUCGGGGGAUGGAGGGCAGCCUGGGUGAGCAGGACUGCAGCAGCCCAGACACCAGUGAGCAGGCCCUGCUUGGGGGGGCAGCACUGGGGGCCAGCCGCACUGUCAGCCACAGCGAGCCUGACCUGUCCUCCGUCACCGCCAACACCGAAAAGGCCACUGAGAGCACCACCAUCAUGAUUGAUGUCCAAGACUCCACUGUGGUACAGAUUAGCAACAAGACCGAUGGAGAAGCCAGCCCCUUGAAGGAGGCUGAGAGCAAAGAGGAUGAGGAGGAGAUGGAGAAGAAGAAGCGGAAGAAGGAGAAGAGCGAGACAGGCAAAGCGAUGGUGCCACACAGCUCCAUGUUCAUCUUCAGCACCACAAACCCGGUGCGCAGAGCCUGCCACUACAUCGUGAACCUGCGCUACUUCGAGAUGUGCAUCCUGCUGGUCAUCGCCGCCAGCAGCAUCGCCCUCGCGGCUGAGGAUCCUGUCCUCACCAACUCCGACCGUAACAAAGUGCUGAGGUAUUUUGACUAUGUUUUCACUGGUGUGUUCACCUUCGAGAUGGUUAUCAAGAUGAUCGAUCAGGGCUUGAUCCUGCAGGAUGGCUCCUACUUCCGAGAUCUCUGGAACAUCUUAGAUUUCAUCGUGGUGGUGGGAGCUCUGGUGGCCUUCGCCUUGGCGAAUGCUUUGGGGACCAACAAGGGUCGGGAUAUCAAGACCAUCAAGUCUCUCCGUGUGCUGCGGGUCUUGAGGCCCCUGAAAACCAUCAAGCGGCUGCCGAAGCUCAAGGCUGUCUUCGACUGCGUUGUGACAUCCCUCAAGAACGUUUUCAACAUCCUCAUUGUCUACAAGCUCUUCAUGUUCAUCUUUGCUGUCAUUGCUGUCCAGCUCUUCAAGGGGAAGUUUUUCUACUGCACUGACAGCUCUAAGGACACAGAGAAGGACUGCAUAGGGAACUACGUGGACCAUGAGAAGAACAAGAUGGAGGUGAAGUGCCGGGAGUGGAAACGACAUGAGUUUCACUAUGACAAUAUAAUCUGGGCGUUGCUCACCUUGUUCACAGUCUCCACUGGCGAGGGCUGGCCCCAGGUGCUGCAGCAUUCGGUGGACGUGACGGAGGAGGACCGUGGGCCCAGCCGCAGUAACCGCAUGGAGAUGUCCAUUUUUUACGUUGUCUAUUUUGUGGUCUUCCCUUUCUUCUUCGUCAACAUUUUUGUGGCUCUCAUCAUCAUCACAUUCCAAGAGCAAGGAGACAAAAUGAUGGAGGAGUGCAGUCUGGAGAAGAAUGAGAGGGCCUGUAUUGACUUUGCCAUCAGUGCCAAGCCCCUCACACGCUACAUGCCCCAGAACCGGCACACCUUCCAGUACCGGGUCUGGCACUUUGUGGUCUCCCCAUCCUUUGAGUAUACCAUCAUGGCCAUGAUUGCUUUGAACACUGUGGUGCUGAUGAUGAAGUACUACUCUGCUCCAUACACCUAUGAGCUGGCCCUGAAGUACCUGAACAUCGCUUUCACCAUGGUGUUCUCUUUGGAGUGCGUCCUUAAGAUCAUUGCUUUUGGCUUUCUGAAUUAUUUCCGGGACACCUGGAAUAUCUUUGACUUCAUCACUGUCAUUGGCAGCAUCACAGAGAUCAUCCUGACGGACACCAAGCUGGUGAACACCAGCAGCUUCAACAUGAGUUUCCUGAAGCUCUUCCGGGCGGCUCGGCUCAUCAAGCUGCUGCGCCAGGGUUACACCAUCCGCAUCCUGCUGUGGACAUUUGUGCAGUCCUUCAAGGCUCUGCCCUAUGUCUGCCUCCUAAUCGCGAUGCUUUUCUUCAUCUAUGCCAUCAUUGGGAUGCAGGUUUUUGGCAACAUCAAACUAGAUGAGGAAAGCCACAUUAACCGGCACAACAACUUCCGCAGCUUCCUGGGCUCCCUCAUGCUCCUCUUCAGGAGUGCCACCGGUGAGGCAUGGCAGGAGAUCAUGCUCUCCUGCCUGGAAGGCAAGGGCUGUGAGCCAGACACGACGGCGACAUCCGGGCAGAAUGAGAACGAGCGCUGUGGCACCGACUUGGCCUACGUCUAUUUUGUCUCCUUCAUCUUCUUCUGCUCAUUCCUGAUGCUCAACCUGUUCGUGGCAGUCAUCAUGGACAAUUUUGAGUACCUGACACGAGAUUCCUCCAUCCUGGGACCUCACCAUCUUGAUGAAUUUGUCCGGAUCUGGGCAGAGUAUGACAGAGCAGCGUGUGGCCGAAUCCAUUACACUGAGAUGUAUGAAAUGCUGACUCUUAUGUCACCACCGCUAGGCCUCGGCAAGAGAUGUCCUUCCAAAGUGGCCUAUAAGAGACUGGUGCUGAUGAACAUGCCCGUGGCUGAGGACAUGACCGUCCAUUUCACCUCCACCCUGAUGGCGCUGAUACGCACCGCCCUGGACAUCAAAAUUGCCAAAGGUGGUGCAGAUUGGCAGCAGUUAGACUCUGAGCUUCAAAAGGAGAUCCUGACCAUUUGGCCUCACCUGUCCCAGAAGAUGCUCGACCUGUUGGUACCCAUGCCAAAAACCUCUGACCUGACUGUUGGCAAAAUAUAUGCAGCCAUGAUGAUUAUGGAUUACUACAAGCAGAGCAAGGCGAAGAAACAGAGGCAGCAGCUGGAGGAGCAGAAAAAUGCACCCAUGUUCCAGCGCAUGGAGCCAUCCUCUUUGCCACAGGAAAUCAUCUCCAACGCAAAGGCUCUGCCUUACCUCCAGCAGGACACUCUCACAGGGCUGAGCAGCCGGAGCGGGUUCCCCUCGCUGAGCCCGCUCUCACCACAGGAGAUCUUCCAGCUGGCGUGCAUGGAUCCAGCCCAGGGGCAGUUCCAGGAGCACCAGUCUCUGGAGCCAGAGGUUAGGGAGUUUCAAAGAGUGCAGCCCUCUAACCGUGGCAGCUACCUUCCCGUGGACACUCAGGACCACGCUGUCUCUGGGAGGGCCUCCUCCAUGCCUCGUCUCACUGUGGAUCCCCAGGUGGUGACGGACACCAGCUCGAUGCGGCGGUCGUUUUCCACCAUCCGGGACAAACGCACCAACACCUCCUGGCUGGAUGAGUUCUCCAUGGAGCGCAGCAGCGACAACACCUACAAGUCCCGCCGGCGCAGCUACCACUCCUCGCUCCAGCUCUCUGCCCGGCGCCUCAACGCUGACUCAGGCCACAGGUCCGAGGGGCACCGCUCGGGUGGCAGGGAGCGGGGCCGAUCCAAAGAGCGCAAGCACUUGCUGUCCCCUGACAUCUCCCGCUGCAACUCAGAGGAGAGGAGUCCCCAGGCACACGAUGAGUCUCCAGAGCGGCGGCGCGAGUCCCGGUCCCCCAGCGAGGGCAGGUCACAAACACCCAACAGGCAGGGAACGGGCUCCCUGAGUGAAAGCUCCAUCCCCUCCAUCUCGGACACCAGCACACCCCGGCGAGGCCGCCGCCAGCUCCCACCGGUGCCCCCAAAACCACGUCCCCUCCUCUCCUACGCCUCCAUGCUGCGGCACACCGCCGGAGACGCCUCACCACCUCCCGACGAGACCGAAGGGGGGUCCCCGCUCCUCUCCAAGGAGCCCAACGCCGCCGGCCUGACCGAGUCUUCCAGCUCCCCAGCGGGGAAGCCGAGCCGGCCAUCCACCCCGCAGCGUUACAUCUCGGAGCCCUACCUGGCCCUGCACGACGACUCGCACGCCUCGGACUGCGGCGAGGAGGAGACGCUCACCUUCGAGGCGGCCGUGGCCACCAGCCUGGGUCGUUCCAACACCAUUGGCUCAGCCCCACCGCUGCGGCACAGCUGGCAGAUGCCCAACGGGCACUACCGGAGGCGGAGGCGAGGGGCUGGGCAGGGUGUGAUGUGUGGGGCCAGCAUAGAUGUGCUCAGCGACACCGAGGAAGAUGACAAGUGCUAGAGGCUGUGUCCCCGCCGCUGCCGCCCCGCCGCCCUGCCCUCUCCAAUGCAUGCUCUUCGCCACGCCUGGGAAUGAAAUGAAACCAAAACCAAACGCAAAGGGGGAAGUUUAAAAAAAAAAAACCACAACAAAAACGAAACAAACAAACAAAAAACCAUGAACACAAAAAACACGACAAAAAAAGAAGAAGAAGAAGAAGAAGAAAACCCAACUGACCAGAAUGGGGAAACAACAAAAAAAAAGUCUUUGUGCAAAAAAAAAAAAAAAAAAAAAAAAUUAAAACCUGUCGACUUUCAUUUAUUACGAUCACUUUUUUUUUCUGCACAGAGAAGUAUUUGGCCAGAGGUGGAGAGGCCUGGCUGGGGGCAAUGAGAGCACCCAGCUGCAGUGAGAGGCACUUGGGGAUGCCCGAGCAGGACCUGGCAGCGCUCGUGAUGCUGCUUUUGUGCUCCACAUGGCCAGAGCAUCCCAGCGCGGGGGUUCUGCGCUUGGGUUUGUGCUGCCCUGGCUUUGAGUUUCCCUCCCUAAGGGUCUCAUGCUGGCCAAGGGAAGGGGUGAGGUGUGGGGUCUGGGGGCACAGCGCAGAUAGCAGCAGCUCUGCCUACCCAGGGGGCCAAGCCAAAGCCAACUGGUUUGUACUGGUUGGGGUGGGUGGAAGCAGCGGGGGAGGGGGGGCUCAGUGCUGCCAAUGUACCCCGCCUCGCAUUGAUAUAGCUGUAUUUCUAUAAGGAGAACUCUAGGUGUGCCUGUGCGUGUAUAUACGGUAUGUGUGUGUAUAUAUAUUUAUAUGCUGUAUAUAUAAAGAUAUACACAUACAUGGAUUUGUUUUAGUCAUCUGACCAAGCCCCGGCGGGGUUCACUGGAUGCAAUAGAGAAGCAGGGAUGUCCCCAUGCCCCCAAGGCAUUCACAGCAGUGGGAAUCGCAUUUUCUGCCUUAGUGGUGGCCUGGCAACCCGGUAACCUACUGCUCCCCACUGACAGAUGCUUUGGGCACACGCAGCCCCGCUCCUGCAUGUGCAGAUCAGCCCCUGCCCGACUGCUCAUAGAGCUCCCCCAGAGCAAAUCCUGCCAGUUCCAAAAGGUCAGACUCUGUUGUGAACCAAAACCCUUUUUCUAAUGGCUAAUGCUUGCCCCUAGAAAUAGGUUCCACUGAUGGAACCAAACCUCCAACCAGUCCUGCUGGCCCCAUGCAAGCCUCUUUCCUUCUGAGCAGACAGCUGCAGCUGCUGUAUGUCCUCUAAAUUUAGGCACCGGCAUUGUCUCCUCCCACAUGCAGCAGGGUGUCCCAGGAGCAGCCCCAGGGCUGGGAAGGUGGCAGCUCCUUGUGUCUUCAUUGGGUGAAAGGAUGGAUUUG